CCGCCACACACAUACACAGACAGUGGCUGUACAUCACGUCUGCAUGGCAUGCAACACCAUGAGAGAAGCAACCCAAUGCCAUCCAUCAUGCAGUCACUUGGAUGUCUCCCACUCCACUGUACACAUCGGAGAGCGGCCCGCCCGCCCCGCACGCACCCCUGUCGUCCACAGUGAUGCUCAGAUCGACCGCCUGCGGCCCCACACACGGGGUCGCCACAUCCGCACCGGUCGGGUGAUACAACAGAUACGUCGACAAGCUCCUGCCCAAAGCCUCCAGGGUGCCGUCACACGUCAGCAUCGCAUCCUCGAUACCGUCGCCGACCGAACAGGUCAGCCCCUCCAUCCCAACUGCCGACGGCACCCGAACACCGUUGACAGCGUCUGGCCGGCCGAGCGAGACCCCGCCGCAUGGCGUGACGGCGACUGUGAGGCGAAAGAGUGGGCUGUGGUCGCUGGUGCAGGAGGGGUAGGCCAGGAUGGAGGGGGCGGCCGGUAGGGUGGUGGUCGCGAGAGGGGGGGAGGGGUGCGGGGGGAGGGCGGGGGAGUCGGUCUGCGAUGCGAUCCUGGUGCGAUAGAGGUCGGGCUGGAUGUCGAUGUCGGCGACGGUGAAGCCGACGAUCUCCACAUAAGGAAGAGGCCCAGACAGGGAUAUCGACACCGGCACGUUGGGUGAGGGCGUGAUGGCUGGUGCGUCAUUCGUCGGCUCAAUGAACACAUCGAUGGAGCACUCCACAGGCGUGUUUGGCGACAGGGCCGUCGUCAGCCUGGCAAGGAUCCGUAUGGCACCGACAAGGUCCCCUCCCUGCGUGUCGAACUCCACCACACCAAGGCCAGUCCUCAGGUCGGCGAGUGUCCCCGUGGCUUCACUCUGAGUGGAAGCAACGCCAUACGGCCCCAUUGCCCCAGCCGGCGACUCGACCACCGUCACCCCAGGGCUGGCCUUCCAGUCCACAGUGCCAUAGCCGGUGGGAAAGAAGAGCAUCAUGGUGCCGAUGACGGGGUCGUCAGGCCCGCCACUCGUGUGCUCGAGGUUGCGGUCGCCUAUCGCCACAUUCUGGCCGAUGGGGGCCGAUGCACCCUCAGGCACAGAUGCCUUGGAGGUGCAGACGAGCAGCGGCGGGUCCUCCACUGCCGUGACGACGGUGUUGAGAGUGACUGUGUCGGUGAGGUUGCCCCCCGUGCCCGUGUAGCCAUUGUCAUAAACAGUGAGGGCCAGCGCGUCCGCACCGCUGUAGUUGGGGAGGGGGGUAUAGAGCAUCUGUCGAAGGAAGGCGUUCAGCUCCGCCACGGUGCCCUGGAUGUCGAUGGUGGACGCGAGGCCGUACGAGAGCGUCCCAUAGGUCCCCCAGGACACGGUGGCCUCUUCGUUGAGCGUCUGUAUGCCCCCACUGGUGCACGCCAGACGGGCCACCAGCACGCCAUCCACAGACUCGCCCACAUCUGGGUCGCUCACGGUGAAGCCGACAAUCGCACUGCUGUCCUCGGCCAACGUCAGGGGAGGCGCAAUGGGCUCCAAGAUAGAGACUGACGGCGGGUCAUUGACUGCCUGCACCUCAAUCACCGCCACAAUUGACGUCUCAACAGGCACAUUGCUCCACGACACCCGCGUCUGCGUCUGUGGCGGGUCAGUGUCGCUCGUCGGUAUGAAAAGGUCGAAGUAGUCUGCUGCUCGCGAGCGCCAGAAGUAAGGUGGGUCUGGUGCUGUGUGGGCGGUGAGAGCUGCGUCAUAGGUGAGGAACACCUGCUGCGCGGCGCUGAGUGUCGUGUGGGAGACGUCAGGGUGCACCGGGCCGUAGGGCGACGACGCCAGCGAAGGCGACAGCGUGAAGCCGGUCGUGCCAGGGUCCUUGACAGUGAUCUCCACGCCAAGCAUGCCGUUCCACCCCGCCGGAAAGGCCACGUCAAUGUUGCCCAGCAGGGCCGUCUGCAUGGCCGCCAGCGUCUUGGUGCGCGUGACGGUCGUCCCACUGACCCCAUCAAAGGUCAGCUGGAAGGCCGGCGGGCUGGCCAGGCCCUCAGCAAGCCUGACGGCAUCAGGGUACGCCAGCGGGGGGUAGAAGUCGUGGACUGUGAAGGAGAGAGAGGCCUCGAAUGUGUCGGUGGGGAGCGCCUCGCCGUCUUGCAGGGUGGUGCCCGUGAUGGUGGCGGGGGUGCCCUCUGGUGUGGACACCAUUGGCGAGGCAAGCUGGAGCGUGGGGCGUGUGUUGAGAGGGCUGAUGGUGAGGUCGAAUGAGAUGGCUGCCUGUGGGAGGGCCCCCGUGGUGGCGAACAGGGGAGGUGUGGGUGGGAGGCCGUCGGGGCGGCCCAGCUGGACGGCUGUGAGGGUGACUGUCACGGUCCCCGUGUAUGGAGCGGCCGUGGCCGACUCUGCAGACCAAAUGGACACAGCAAACACACACUGAAAAGAUGAACACACGUCAGCAGCCAGUGGCUGUGCGUGUGCCUCUCUCUAGUUACCUGUGCGUGUAGGAGGGAUAAGGUAGAUGCUCUUCAACGCCUGCUGCACCUCCUCGAGCAGGCCCCCCACCUCCAGCGCGCCGGUCUCCUUGCCCCGCUUCCGCACACUCCCCUGACCCACAUCCACCUUCACACCCGACGCACCCGUCUCAAUCUGCACCAGCACCAUCAUCGGCCCGUCGUCACUGUCGCGCGUCGGCACGUCCAGCGCCACACACCCCCUGACGUGAAGCGGCGUGUGCUGGAAGCUCUGGAAGGUCGGGGGGCAAGACGCGUCAUACGUCCACACCGGGGGCUUGUUCUCUGGCUGUGGGAGGAUGAGCACGUCUGCUGUCGCUGUGUGCGUCAGCGGAGCCGACGGCAGGAUGCCGCUGCCGUUGUCGUCGACCUGCGCCGUGAGGGUCACCAUGCCACUCUGCCCAGCAGUGGGCAGGAAGGUCAGACGGUUCGCUGGCGUGGCCUGGAUCGCCGCAAAAGCCGUGUCCGUCACAUCGAGAGCGAGAGUGGAGACGGCCGUGACGAGACACCCACUGCCGUCGAGCGCCGGGGCUGCUGGUGUGGUGAUGGUGACGGCAGGAUCGUUGAGGGAGCACAUGUUGAUGACACCUGCGGCAGCAGGGCUGACGGCAAUCGAGAUGGACACGCUUUGAGGCGAGCCGUCUGGGUCGGUGAGUGCCAUGGCGUCGAAUGUGAGUGGCGUGGCUGUGCCCUCGAGGGUGGUGGAGAAGGUGGGGGUGAGGGUCAGCAGCGGGGCGUCGUUGACCGCAACGACGGUGAUGUCGACGUCUCGCGUCAGGCUCGUCGCAGCGGGGUCGGUGCCGGUGGGCCACGCCUUGACCGUAACCUUGGUCGCGCCUGCAGCACACAGAAGAAGACAGUGUCCAUUUCCAUAGACACACACGAGCCCCUCCCUCCCUCCUAUGUCUCACCAGCAUAGUUUGCCGGCGGCCGAUACCUCACUCGUGUGAAGAUGUCCUGUAUGUCCGUCACAUCGCCCUGUAGCGUCACGAUGCCCGCCACAGCUGGCCGCACACCGCCCCGGUGCAGCACACUGGGGGGCUCGGGCGAGUCGUCCGGGACGGUCAUCAGAAUAUCGCCCCCAGCCACAGCGUCAGGCGUGACCUCCACAGUGAAUGAGAGGUGGGGGUUGGCUGUGGCCAGCACCACGUCGUCGCGCAGGGGGAAGCCCUCGCUGUCCUCGGACAUCUGGAAAGGUGUGGGUGAGUUGUCCCAUGUGAGAGUGAAUGUCUGCUGGCAGUCCGGCAGGUGGAGCACGCUUUGGUGGUGCGCAGAGAACCCCUCUGGCGGCGGGAUGGUGGCGCUGCUGCCCUCCCCUACUUCAGCGGGGUAGCUCACGCCAAUGCCAAACACAGCUAUGUCGCAAUCGCCUUCCGCACUCCUACAACACAACACACCGGCACACCUAGAAAUCCGCCAUGGACAAACCUAUCCCCCCUUACCAUUUCAGUGUCAGCCCCGCCAGCUUGGUCGCCGCGUCGGUGCGUGUGGUCCUGAACACCAGCCGACUCGCAUCGUUGGCGGUGCCGUCCUCGAACAGAAUCCCCGAUGUGUCCCCGAGCUCAAGCGUCCCCUUGUCCACCGUCAGCUCCCACCGCACCAGCGCCUGCGCCGCGCCGCCCACAGGCGACGCUCCAUCGACGUCCGACACAACCAGAUCGGAGAACACCUUUGGCGACGGCCCCGCAAUGACUCGGUAUGAGCCCUGGAAGGCCGAGCCGUCGGUCCACCUGAUGGCUGGGGGGUCGUCUUGGGCCGUGAUGGUGACGGUGAGGGGCUGGGAUGUGGAGGAAGGGGCGAGAGUUGAGGUGGGCGAGAGGCGGCGUGUGAGGGUGAAGGUGACGGUCUGGGUGGCGGUGAUGUCUGGGGGCGGGGUGUAGAGCAUCCUGGUCAGAAAGUGGUUGAUGUUGGCUGCGGGGCCGUUGAGCGAGAUGGGGCUGCUCUCACUGCUCUCGCCCGCAAUGUUGACUGCACCCCCGGAGGCGGUCACAUUCAGCUCCAGGAAGCAGGAGCCGUCCACCACCAUGCUGCAGUCGCCGUCUGCCACACUCACCCCGCUGAUGAGCGUCGCCGUGUCCUCCAAAACAGACACCGUCGAACCUGCGGGCAGGGUGAUUGUCGGGCUAUCGUUGUCCUGGGCCGUCACAGCGAUUGUGAAUGACAUGCGGCACUCCGGUUGGUGAGCUGGGAGGGACAUGCCAUCAGUGACGCUGAGGUCCACACCCACCGUCCCAUAGUAGUCUUGCUGCGGCGUGACGAAGAAAUAGCCCUGGAAGAAGGCCUCAAUAUCUGCGGGCGAGCCGGCCAGAAUGGCUUGAGACACCAGCAGCGGGGCGGCCACUGGCGCAUAGGGGGCCGACUGGCUGGUGGAGACCUCUGUCGACGUCACCGCCACCCCCAGAGCCUUCAGAAUCAACGCGAAGGGGUCGGCGUCUCGGAGCCCCAUCUGUGUGUCGAUCUCGGCAACGAUGGCUGCGAUGGCGAGGCCACCGUUGUGGGCCGAGAAGGCCACUCGGACAGAUGGCGGGGGAGUCGCCAGGCCGGUCGUCAGAUGCACAUCGCCGUGGAACGUCAGGGGGCACUUGAAUGGGGUGUCUUCGACCGUUGAGAGUGGGUAGGUGGACAGAGGUAUGUAGAACCCACAGGCCUGCAGGCACCACAUACACCCCACAUCAACGCACACACACAGAGACAAUUGUACCCUCUCCGUGUGCUCACCGCGGUAAUGGGCAGCACGUCAAGCGACAGGGUGCUCUGGUCGGUCAGCUCGGCCGCUGUGCAUGACGCCGACAACGAUGGCUUGUCAGUGGUCGACGGCCACUGCCCCAUCAGCACCAUUGAUGCGGGGCAGCCGAUGCUGCUCUUGUCGCUGAGUGUGACCGUCACAGAGGCCGUUCUGAGAGGCGUGGAGGGGUCAUGGGUGCGGAGGGCGCGUGCGGGCAGCGGCAGCAGCACCUGCAGGUGCUGCACCAGCAGCUGGAGGGAGGGCAGCGGCCCCUCGACCGUGAUGGAUGUGUCGGACUGAAGCCGGCCCGUAAUGCUCUGUAGCACCCAAGACCUCUCCACCAUGUGUGUGGGGUCGACGCCCACCAGCCCCUCAGACACAGACACAGUCAGCCGCAUCCACAGCGAUGCGUCCAUCGCCCCGUCCGGCUCGUCCAGGGUGAUGUAGCUGCCGAGUGGAUACUGCCCGCCCUCGGCCACAGUGAGCAGGGCGGUCGCAUCGGGUGCGGUGGUGCCUGUGUGGAUGGUGACGGCGGGUGGGUCGUUGAUGGGGUGGACAUCGAGCAGAGACUGGGACUGGUCGUAGAGGGCGCCGGGGCCGCUUGGGGGGGGAGAUGGUGCCGCCAGCCAUUCACGUACCUGCAGGGCCCACACACAACACACAUAAUUAAAGGUGGGUGGACGAUUGCGUUGUGUGUCCAUGCCAUGCCAUGCCAUGGGUGUCUUCAUACCUUGAUGGUGAGUAGGUCUUGGCCAUACCAAUGGGGUUUGGGGUCGUACCAGAGGUCCCCAAGCAUCCCAACCAACGCACCCACGGGGCCCGACACUGAACACACACGACACAGCACAGCACGGACAUUGCAGGCACAAGCAACAAAGACACCACCCUCCUUACCAGUGACGCUCCCAACACUCUGCCCAUCCAGGAAGCUGACAGCCACGGCAUCACUUCCCGUGAGAGCCGUCCAGUAGCCGCCCCCUGCCGAGCGUCCCCCCAGGCGCACCCCUCCAACCCUCGCAGCCACCUCCAGUGUGAGCAUGUCAGGUGAGGGCAGCGGGGUGGCCGUGAGCGACAACCAAUUCGCCAUGCUGAUGGGAGUGUCUUCCAGGAGGUACAUCAGGGGUGGUGCGGUGAUGGACCGGAGGGGCCGGGAGUGGUGCAGGAUCGACACACGGAUGGGGAGCGAGGCGGAUGCCGAUGGCUGAGUCGCGCGGAAUCGCUCGGCCGUCACCGUCAGAUUGACAAUGUCCUCGCCGACGUGAGCGGCAUCGGCAACGUAGAUCAGCCCGUCGAGCAUGGCUUGGACAUCGGCGUACGUCGUGGGGAUCUCGAUGGGCGACGGGAGGGCCCAGGGCACCUCGACGUGACCCUGCAGUGCGACCCUGCCGUGAGUGAAUGUGACGCCCAGAAGUAAAGGGUCGCUGGACACUGCUGAGGAGGAGGGCAUGGCCACCGACACACCGCCCAACGGCACCUGCAUUAAGCGACCAGACACAAACAAGCAUGAGCCACAGUCUUCUGUCCUUCCAGCUGCAUCUAUACCGUCUCGCCCUUGGUCACGGUGAGAGGUUCUGCGAUGGCUGAGGUGAGGGAUGGAGGGGCCGGGUCAGGGCGGUCGGCGUAGAUGAACAGACGGUCGGUCGACAGGGGAUUGGGGGCGGAUAUGUCGUUGGGAGCGCGGAGAGCUAUGCCGAUGGUGGCCAAACCUGCAGGCGCGGCGCAUAAGAGACAAAACAGCGUGCCUGGGGUCUCUUCUGGUGAGUGUCAGUCACCUCGUUGUGUCAGGGUGCUCUCUUUGAAGUGCAGCGCCUCCAGGGAAGGCCGCAGCUCCCCCAUGCUCCCCGUCAGCACCAUCCGCCUCUCGAAUGUAGGGGACGUGCCAACCUUCAGCCCUGCAGUGGGGCUGUCGCACUCCAACACCACCUCGAACAUGCCGCCCACAUCCACAGAGUCCUCACUAUUGGCGUUCACCAGCCGCACCGCAUCAGAAGCCAACGCAAGAGUGUCCCCAGCCGUCACGCGAUACCCCCUGCUCUCCACCAACAGAACAGGGUAGGCCUCGCUCUGCCGCAGCUGUAUGUCGAUCCGCGGCGUCACUGCUAUCAGUGAAGCGGGCGGCUCCACGGCAAAGUCGAAGGGGCUGCCCCCGUUGAGAUGGUGAUGCUCCAGCACUGCUCCUGGGUCGAACGCCUCCACACGCACCACGUCGCCAGCAGCGCAUUCUGCCACCGUCGCGCAGGGGAAGCGGACGGACAAGCGGAUGUUGACGAAGUCCAUCAGAGCUGACGGCAGCCCCUUGAUGGUGAAGCUCCCGUGCCGCUCGGCAGCUGGCGCAUGGGUGCUGUAGACGCCACUGAGGGCAUUGUCAGUCACGCGGUGAGGGAGGAAUCGGCAGGCCCGACAAAUAAGGGAUAGCGACACGGGGAAGGGGUGGGCGAUCUGGAGGUCCAACACACUCCUAAAGGGCAGCCAGCGGUUGCGGUGCGACCAUGCCACCGUGCUGCCCACACGCGCCGACGGCUGUAUGCCAAGCGUCACAGCUGGUGCGGUCAGGGGGGCAGUCACGUUGACGAAGAUCUCCGUCUCGGCGAUGGGCCGCGACGCACCCUGGGGCGCCACACUGAUCGAGAGAGGCACCAGUAGCGCCUCUCGCCGGCCCUCUGCGAAGCUUCCCAAGCCGGGAGGGACGUAGAUCAGGCCAGAGAGAAUACCUGACAGCUCUGUGAGGCCGCCUGCCGCCGUGUAUUGAGGCGCCGUCACCGGCCAGCCACUCAACGAGCCGACAAACAUGUCGAUGCUGAGCUCAAAAGCGAAUUGGUCCAUGACGCCCGCAACUAGUGGGUUGGCCCUCAGUGUCACUCCAGAAGCAGAUAGAGGGAGCGGGUCGCCGCGUGUGGAGAGAUGGGGGUGGGUGGCUGUGAGGGCCACGCUGAAGGGCGGCGCGUCCUGAGGCAUCUCGAUGGACAGAGGGAGCGACAGCGCCGACGUCAUGGCAUCCUUGAGCGCAUCCGACGUCUGCAGGCGGGACACGUCCGUGACAAAGAUGCCGAUCUGCCCGACGUGUGUCGAGCCCGAAACCACUCCACUGGGGUCGCCCUUCAACGCGAUGCUGCUGCCGCUGCUGAGCACACGAUUAACUUCCCUCGCAGGACCGGCAAACCGCACUACAGAGCUCUCAUUGGCGAGUGGCGUCACAUAGGUGUAGUUGCUCUCCUCGUAACCGACAUGCAGCCCCAGCCCCGCCUGCGGCACGACCACAAGAUGCCCGCCCGUCGACCGCACCGUCACCUCAAUCACAGGCUCCUUGGUGUCCAUCGGCGUGAGGGACGUCACUUGGCAAGAGGGCAGGAAAACCUGGUAGCCGAUUGUGACCUCGACGCGGCCGCUGUCGCACGCCAGCUGAGGGGCGGGUGGGGGCACACGCACGCCGAGAGUGAUGGAGUGCUCGAAGCCGCUGGGGAGGCAGUCGGCUGCGGCGACCAUCGUGGUGGUAGCGGGGUUCUGUAGGGGCUUGGUGGCCGCGGUGGCCAGCAGUGAGGCGCUGGGCUGGAAAGCCAGGGACGCCAUGGCAUCGUUGAUCUCCUGCAAGGCCCCCCGCAGCGACCACCGAGCCGCCACGUUCACGGAGUUCACAGCACACUGGGGUGGGCAGGUCCGCACCGCCAAGCCCCCGGCCCCCACAGUCGCACUCAUAUCGGCCAGCUGCCCGAGCUGCCCGCCAGACAGCAGCGUGACGAAGGCCUCCACCUGCACGCCCGCGAGAUGGCCCUGGGGGUCCUCGAACGACAUUGACGGCAGGGGGAACACCUUCGUCGAGUCGGUAGACGCCGCAUGGACAUCUGUGUAGUGUGGGGCGGUGAGGGAGCAGUGGGCUGUGGCGGGGGGGCUGAUGCGGAUGACGGCAUCCUGGCUCACGUGGUGCUGCACGGGGGUCGUCUGGUGGGCUAUGUCCACUGCGAUGGCGUCCUCGACCGCUGUGGCGGCCAGGCCCCUCACCGGUGUCUCGCCCACAUACAUCACGUGGUUCGACAGCACCUGGUUGAGGCUCCGCAACGUGCCCCUGACCACCAUGUGAGAGGGAGAAUUGACCUGGGCCUGUGCCAGCUCGUCCGGGUAAGGGUAUGGCCCCACGAUGCUCCAGUUGCCCCGCUGAGCCGUCAUCUGCACCGUCAGCACGUCGCUCCUUCGCGCGUCGGGUGCGCUGAUCUGCAGCCAGCCGCCCAGCAGCCGCGGCCAGUUGGUCUGCACGUCGAAAGGCGAUGACGCCACGAGCAACGAGGGGGGGUCUGGUGUGGCUGUGACGACAACGGGCAAAGUGGCUGUGGUCUCAUAAGCUGUCGUGGCCGACAGAUCCCGCACCACCACGUCGAUCAGCUGUGUGCCGCUGAAGUCUGCUGGAGGGGUGUAGGUGGCCUGUGAGGCGCGCAGGAGGCCCGCAAGCUCCUGCACCGUCGUGGCUCUCGCCGACAUGACAUUGGCCGCAGUGUAGCUGACACUCCCACCCGUCACGACUGCGGUGCCUGCGGGCGAUUGAAGCGUCCCCGUGAGCUUGGUUGCAUCAUCCCACGUGACAUCUCUGGCUGUGAUUCGCAGCUCCACUGCGCCCCCGGGGACGAUGCCGUCGAUGGUGAUGAUGUUGUCCCAGAGUGGGAGCUGCCCGUCCUCUGCCACCUGUAGAGGCGCCGCCGAAGUGCUGUGUGCGAUGGAUAUGGACGCGCCGGCAGGAUUGGCAACGACGACAUCGCACUCGAUGGAGGGCGUCACGAUGGUCGAGCCCGAUUGGAAGGGCGACACUGGGGUGUAGAGGGCCGAUGGGAGGGAGAACAGAUGCACUGGUCCACUGUCGCUUGUGGCGUGUCCGGUUGCUGUCACAGUCACCCUCCGAGUGCACUCGAUCGCCCUCGUGUCUGGGCAUGGACAAGCGGCAUAGUACAGCUCGCUCUGCAUCAGGUAGUUGAUGCGGUCGAUGUCAAACCCCCGCAGCACCAGCUCCCUCCCGUUGCUCAGCACGGCGAAAUCCCGCUGCGUGCCCGGCACCCUCAGCCGCUUCCAUUGCCACGUGCCGUCAUCCAGACCGCCUCCCUGCCCCCCGACCAGCCCCCAAGGCGCCCUCGACGCCUCCCGCUGCUGCUCGUGCUGUGUGGUCUGUCGGAACUCGAUGGCGUCUUGGCAAGACGUCAUGCCGAGAAUGGCUGGACUGUAGGUGACGGGCCCGUCCGCUGUCACGUGGACAGUGUACUCAAGCUGAGCCGUCAGGGGGACGUCCUGGCCGGCUGUGAGGGUGAGACCGAGCCCGCUCAGAGGGAUGGCCAGCGGCUGCAUGGCUUGGCCUGACACGGACGGCUGGCCCGUCCGGGUGAGCAGCAGCGUGCCCCCCUGGUUGUUCGAGGGCUGCGUGACCACGACUGCCACCUGCAGCUGCACCGAAUGGCGAUCGUCGACCACCGUGACGUCGACGCCGGCCGACCCCCGAUACCCGACAGAUGAUGCAUACUCCAGCCCCUGUAGUGCAGCCGCCACCUGUGCCGCUGUGCCCUGGAAGGCCAGCAGGAAUCCCGGCGGGUAGUCGAGAGGCCGGUACUCCGCUGUGGUCGGGCUGACAGGGGCUGACGGUGCGAGAGCAACGGUUCCGUCGCCCGUGACGCGGACCUCCACCUCCAGCCUGUCGACACCACCGCCACCCAUGCCGUCGUCAGCAAAUGUGAUGGACGCCUUGCUGCCGAUAGACACAGUCCUGCCUGCCGAGACGAAGACCACUGGAUGGGCGGCGGUGAGGGUGGGCGGCUGGUUGACAGCUGUGAGCGUGACGGAGAGGGCUGCUUCGUUGCUGCCGGGUGAGCGGAGCAGUACUCGAGCUGUGGACGAGGGCCAGGGCGAGAGUGUGGGUGGCGCUGCGAUUGUGAGGUCACUGAGGCAGUCGCGGAGGAGAGAGAUGCUCCUUGCCGUGAUGGUCAGGGCAGUGGGGUGGGAGACCUGGCUGCUCAGCAGAGAGAGGCGCUCUGGAAAGAGGAAAGGAUACACACAGGUGCCCGUGUCCGAUGGAUGUGGCCGUGUGCUCGCGCACCUAAGCCAGUUGCAGUGACGGCAACGGUGCAGAGAGAAGGCAGCGGCGUGACGAACACCAGCCCGCCCUCCAGCCACACAUCCAUCGACGCACUCGAAUGCCCCGGCAGCUCCGCGGCGUUGACCAGCUCAUCCUCAUAGUCCACAGACGUCACGCCGACCACACCCGCCAAAGCCAGCCCCCCACCGAUCUCCAUCGACGUUUCUGGCGGGGCCAGCAGGAUGGUCGGCUGCAGCGGGUCCUUUGCCGACGUCACGUGGAUCCACACAGAGUGGUCGAGCGUCACGGCGGUCAGUGCCGCCUGUAUCUGCAGCCGACAGGUGGGGGAUUGGUGCGUGUUGAAGUCGGGAGUGGGGAGGAAGACCACGCCGCAAAUCGGCACAGCCACCGCCGGCAGCCGGAUGCGGAGCGUCGAUGAGCCGGCACACGCCCCUGCCAGCACCACCGCCCCCUGCCCAGCCCACGUGCUGCACAAGGUCGCUUCAAUGGUGCCCUGAUACGCCGUCAGCGUCAGCACAACGUCAUCCCCUUGUGUGAAGCCGUCGAUGGCGAUGCACGGGAGCGACAGGGGGGUGUCCUCCAUGGUUGAGAGGUCCUCCUGGGGGCUGGUUGGCGGCACCAAGACGACCUUGGGCGUGGCGGGGGAGUCGGGAUGCACCCGAAUGGGCACGGACAGAGACGACGAGGCGGUCGGGUCGCCCUCUGUGCCGUAGACAGUGAUCCACAGCUGGUCGUAGAAGUCGCUGCCCCUCUCCAUGUACCGGCCGUCGAUUGGAAUCCACCGGUAAUACAGAUCCCUCAGAGCCGUGUUCACGUCAUUGAGGGCCGCUGGGCCAAACACCAGAUACUUGCCGUCAUAGCGCAGUGAGUCAGCCUGCAGGACGCUGCUCACGACAGCGCUGCUCGUGUCGUGGAAGAGGCUCCCCCGCCCCAGCAGCUCCACACCAGCGCUCCCACUCGUCCGGUUCCCCCCCACCAUCCGCACACCCAUCUCCACAACCACACCUGUGCACACCAACGGCUGAGCGCUCGACAGGGAUACAGCGGGGCCGAGGGCGAUGGCGCUGAGAUCCGUCACCUCCAGCGUGCCCGCUGCCGCCACCGAAAUGUCGCAAGAUGGCUGAAGGGCUCGCCUAAAGAUAACUGUUGCACUGGUGGCCGCCUUGGGGUGUGCAGUGGGGUUGAGAGUGAGGUGGAGAGAGAGCCGGCCACGGGCAUGCUGAUCUGGGGAUAGCAUGAGUGUGUGGACGCCUGACGAGAGGGCGGGUAGGGGGCCUGAUACGAUGGCUUUGCGGAAGUAGAGAGGGGGCCCGGUGGUGUCGGUGAAGCUCAGAGGCGGGAUGUACUCGAUGCUCACACCCUGGCACAGCACACACAGGUCCAUGAAGGUGAGUUAAGUGCAUGGACAGAUCACCAGCCAACAUAGCAUGCCCCUGUUUAGUUACCGACCGGGUGUGAUGUGUCCAGCGACGGCAAAGCGAUCCUGCCGCCCGUCUCCAUCCACACCACCAGCCUGUAGGGAGAGGCCGUCGCGUCACCUGCCUGCAAAGUGAUGCCGGUGAGCGUGAAUUCGCCCACAGCCGGGAUAUCUAUGGGCCGCUGGGGGUCUGCUGUGUCGACGGAGAGGGCAGGGUCGUCAUAGGGAAUGGAAACGGUGGGCGGGAGGGGGCGUGGUGACACCGACACAGCGAUGCUGCCUGCAUGCGCGGGCACACACAUAGGCGGGCGCUUUUGUCGGCGUGUGAAGGAAGUGUUCGGAGUUUGUGUGCUGACUGACUGACCUGUUGCUGUUCCAGCGUCUUGGUCCUGUGUGUGUCUGAAGUGUUCCACUGACACUGAUACCACCCCGCUGCUGCCGCCGUCGGCCAUGGUCGUCUCCAGAUACACCAAAUCUGGAAGGGCAGCCAAACCGCUCGGCAGCACCCUCAAAGACAGCUGACUCAACCACAGACACACGCACACACACACACAUCACCAUCACACACACACACACACACACAGAGUUCAUGUCGCCUUCACCCCGCUCACCUUUGCGCAUCCCCGAAGGCACGAUGCCGGCGCACUGUCAGAGGCCGGUUGGAGAAGGUUGGGGUACUGCAAUGUCAGCCCCCCGACGGUCGUCUCAAUGGUCACACUGAGCAUGGCCGUGGGGCCGCCCUCCAGCCCAUCCACAUACAGCUGUGAGGGGGCGGUGUAGUAGUCGGAUGCAUCCAGAUCGGUCAGGGUGAGCGCGCCGUCCAGCGACACCUGAGCAGGGCAACAAAAGAGGAUUGUGAUCCGUCAUAAGUUUGCGUCAUGUACGGUGGCUGACCUUCUUGCCGGCAGUAACGGUGAGGUCUGCAUCGACCUGCGGCGGCUGUAGCCGGCGGAUCACCGCUACCCAGAAGCGCCAGCGACCCACAAACUCAUAGUCACCUGCAUACACACGAAAAGCCGAAUGACGCCGUUGUGUUUGUGAGAGCCUCUGCGACCUCAUUGCUCGCCCCACCGGAGCCAAUGGUGCGUUCAGCCUUCAGGAGUGCCUCGAUGGUCGCCACGGGCGAAGUGAGUGACCCAGCCGGCACGGCAAGCCGAGCGCCCUCGAGCAGCACAUUCUUGGUGACGGUGACAGACGUCUGCCAUCCGAUAGAGCGACCUCUGAGUGGGUGCAGCAGCGUCAGGGAUGAGGCACCAAUGGCCGUGGACGCCACGGUGUUGGUGUCGAUGCUCAGCUCGCCGACUGUUGUGGUCAGCUCCACACGAACACUCUUAGGCCUGCAUGCAGUGCAGAAACCCACCGAGAGACAACACAGCCACGUGGAUUGGAUGUAUGGCCACUCAUUGUCAUUGGUUGAUCGCUCCGCUCCCACCCAUCUGCUGAGCUUGCGACCAGUGCGAUUCCACCAAUAAGCACAUCCUGCCCCUCCUCCACAGACAGCGCUCCAUUAGGCGGCACAUCCAGCCGCAUGACGGUCCCCCUCUGCACCACCUCAAGGGCCAGUGUCUCGGUCACUGGGGCUGGCAUGACGGUGCUGCCCUCGCUGCCCGUGUAGCCAAAGUCCUGCACACUCACGGUGAGGGUGUCGGUGCCGCUGAAGUUGGCAGAGGGCGGCCAGUAGUGCACCCACUGGAGACACUCGUUGAGCCGCAGCAGACUCCCAGAUAGGACGAGUCGGUGAGCUGUCCGCUGCUUGACCAGCACCCCCGCCUCAGACAUGAGCCCGAUGGUCCCCUCGUCCACGUGGAUGUCCACCUCGACUGGCGACGUCCGCCACUCCUCUGCGUCGAUGUCACUUACCGCCACAGGGGGCAGAAGGGACGCCGUGGCCGGAUCUCCCACCACUCCACCGUCAGCCAGGCCAUUCAGCACGCUCAGCGGCGACACACCUACCGUCCCCCCAACCAGGGCCACAUCGAACUCGAUGGUCGGCAGGCUGUUCGAUGGUGUGGUGGCCACGUGCCAACAUGCCGUGGUCUUUCGCGUCGUGACGCCCUCAGCAUCGAUCGUCCCAGCGACGCCCCCAUCGUCGAGCGUGAUGCAGAGGGAGUCGAGCCCAGGGUUGAGGUGGUUGCCGUGCAGUGGGGGCCUGUAUACAAGGGUUGCUAGGGCGUUCUGUAGCGCUGCGAGCGUCCCCACCAAGGCCAGAGUCGACGGUGGGCCCUGCCGCUGGUCGACCGUCACCGCGUGGCUGGCCGCGUCCACCGAGACGCUCCCGAAGGAAGCCGACACAGUGAGGGUCAUGCGUGGAGGUGUCGACUCGAAUGCUGCGUCAGGGUCGCUCAGCACGAAGGAGCUCAGAGCGAUGGGUGCGUCCUCGGUGCCCGUGAUGGUCCUCCACCAAGGAUAGAGCGGCGAUGUGACGGACGGCGGGUCGUUGACGGCCUCGACAGUGAUGGCGAAGGACAAGUCGCGGCACACUCUCUCCACCGAGGGGGCCGCUGGCGGUGCAUGGGACCGGUCGUCGAGGGAUGGGAAGCAGACCUCAACAGUGACGGUGACCGGGCCCCCAUUCUCGCUGGACCAGUGUGGGGUCGAGUGGAGGAACACAAACCGCCGUAUCAUUCGCUCCAUCGAGGCAGCCGCGGCGAUGCCCUCGAUCUUGCUCGCAUCAACGGAGAGUAGCUGCGUCAGCCAGUCGGAUGGCGACACACGCGUGGAUAGAGGAGAUGUCUCCCAUUUGGGCCUGCCCGCUCCCCAUGUGUGUGGGAAGAGCCGGCCCUGGUCCACCUCCACAGAGAAGAAAAAAGGAUAGAGCGGCAGGUCGCUGUCAAUGUGCAGGCCGAUGUCGCCCAGUGGGGCGGCCGUGUCCUCCUUGGCUGUGAGUGAGGUGUGGUCGAGUGCGAUGGUGGGGAGGUUGGCGGCCACCCUGGCUGUCUCGAUGACGAAGUCAAACGAGAAUGUGGUGGUGAGGUUGCCGCCUCGCCCCUCGACGCCGCCGUCUGCCGCACGUAUCUGCACCACCUCCUCGCCCUCAAACGACUCAGGGGGCCGGUACACCACCUGCACAUUGAAGGGGACAGAUAGGCCCAGUGACGGUGGUCAUCUUUGUCCCUGUGUGAAGAGCUUACCGAGUGCAGCAUGGUAGUGACGUCGUCUCUCGUCCCAGGACCGAUCAUGAGGUAGCGGUGAAGCGCUGGCGGCGGUGGGAUGGCCGUCACAGGCAGAGACCCAGCCAGGGCGUCGAAGUGCCCCACACGGCACUCGACCGUCGCAGUGAAGGUGUUCCACUCGGCCUUCUGCACACUGCCGCUCAGAUCCGCAUCGUCGAUAGAGAAACUCCCGAACCCCACUGUCUGGUCGCUCCACACGUGGCUGGGCGGCAUCGCCGUCACCCUGACAAUGGGUGGGUCGUUGACGGCCUCGACAGCGAUGGUGGUGUGGAAGUCGACUGUGAGUGGUGUAGGGUCCUGGGCUGUUCGUGUGGAUGGGUCGAUGGCUGGGCUGCCGUAGCCGUUGUCAUCGAUGAAGACCUUCAUGGCCACAUCGCCGUUCAUGUGGAGAGGGGGUGUGAACCGAAGGUCGUCAAGACAGGCCCGCAGGAUUGACAUGGCGGGGUACGUCGACGGCCGUGUCGUCAAACGGCAGGACACUGCACCAGGCAGACACACGCAGUGGGAUCACUGUAUGUAUUCGGGCCAUCGCUUCACUUACCGCCUGCAGCGUAUGGACAGUCGGUGACGAAAUAAGUCCGCAAGUCGAUGGGCGCAGUAAAGCCCUCCACAUUGACGACCUUGUGGUUGGGGCAUCCGACCCACCCCUGGGCCGCCUGCACGCUGAGGGUGUAGUAGCUGUCAGGCAGAUGCGCCCCGUCAUCGGUCACAUCGAUGCAGCACAGCCUGGUCAGAUAGCCGUCCUCUGGCGCAGACAGGGGGCCGCUUGUGAGCGUCACGGAAGGGCGCUGGUUGGCCGCAUGGACGAACACCGCAAUGUCAGCCGAGAAGGCCACCGGCACGCCGCCCUCCUCCACUGUCAUCAAGACGGUGAUGUGCUGCAUGGAGCUGCCGUGGCUGCCGGCCGAGUCACGAUGCACCGACAGCGACGCCAGGUCAGCAUUGGCCUGCGCGAAGGUGCAGCCGAUGCACGAGAUGGACGUGGCUGCAGCCGAGGGGUCGCCGAACGAGAUCUGAAAAAAGACAGCAACAAACACUAGUGGUUGCUGCAAUGUGCGUCGCCCUUCUCCCCGACCGUGAGAGGCCCCGCGUCGACGGAGAGUGUCAUGUCGAUGGUGUCAAACGCCCCAUGGACCAAAGCCACAUUCCCCAGGGUCUUGGUGGUCUCCCCGACCAGCACCUCAUACAGCGGCUCCCGCUCCAGUCGCGGCAUUCGAGCAGGCAGGUGCAGACCGACCGACCUGGACACUGACAGCCCCGUGAGCCGAUUGGUGGCAUUGACGACCAUCUGCAGGCUGCCGUGCACCUCCUCAUUGCGGAUGAGGGUGAGAGGAUCCAUGAGACGAUUCGACAGAGGGCCACACGUGAAACAUCCCACCAGCGACUGACGCCGCGGAUCACCACUGUGUGUACACAAGACAGACAGACAGACAGAUGGACAAUUGAUGCCCAGACACCACACCCACAACCAUGCUUGUCUGGCUCGCUCACGCGAUGGCGACGGCCCAUAUGUUGACGGGCUGGCGAAAGGUCACUUGGAUGAAGGGAUCAGCAUCAUGCAGAUCCGGCAGCCAGCACGAGGAGUAUGAAGACACCAAAGCAGCCCGAUCGGCCGCGAAAUACACAGGGGAGAACUCCGAUGACGCGAUGAUGGUAAGUGCGGUCGAUGGCGGCACAUCAGCGGCUUGACUCGCCCAGACUAGCGGGGCUGCCGACUGUGCUGAGCAGAAGGUCGACAGCGGGCAUCCAUACACCUCAAAACGAAGGGCAGGGAACCUGAUUGUUGACAAAACGGGUUAAACAAAAUAUGCAUGCAUCCUUCCUUUUCCGUGUCGUAUCACGUCGAUCGACCGUCUUCCCUUGUUUCGCCACUCACCCAGAGAACUUGCGGGGCCGAAUCCGCAGCCUCUGCGCCGGCACUGGCUGUCCAAAUGAGGUCUUGUGUGCCGCCUGCGCGUCCGCCGGUCCGCUGAGCCCGUCCUGCACCCUCCACUCCUCCGCCCACUCGAUCUGGCCGACCGUCUCGAUGGCAUACUCCGUCACCCACCCGCCAUAAGCAACCUGCCGCCCCUCGUCGUUGCUUCGCCAGUAGCAUGACGCUUGGGAGGCGAAGGGCGAGAGGGACAGCUGCACGGGCGGGCUGGGGCGGGAGAGGUCUGAUGGGGAUGUGGCGAGGGAUGGUGGGGACACCCAUAUGGUCAAGGCGAGAGAUGCGUCGUUGGUGAGAUCGCUGCUGCUAAAGCAUGAGGUCUCCACGUCGGAUAUUGCCAGCUCCGGGGGACCUGUGUGGUGGAAAGGUCUAGAAGUGACUUGCGCCUGUGCGGUUUUGUUGCUUACCAAUGCUGACAGCCCUCGACACGACGACCGGCUCUGCUCCAGAGUAGGUGACUUGGGGCGGAUCCACAACGUUUCGGACAUACACCUGAAUCAACAAGCAACAGCAUCGUCAUUUACUCGCCUUUCUCUGUGAGAUCUUCCCUUCGCUUGUCUGGCCCCUCACCUACCGGCAUCUCGAUGGUGUCGCGCCAGAAGAACUCAACCGGUGUGCCGCCGAUCUCGUGCACUGCAGUGUUGGAGUCACAACAGGAAGGACAGCGCAUGUGGUUGAGCCAGUGCAUGUGUGGCUUUCUGGUCUCCAUGCUCACGGCUGACUAGCAAUGCCACUUUGUCGCCAAACACAUCCGAGUUGUAGUCUGGUGGUGGCCGGAAAGACAGCUGACCCAGCUUGCCGUUCACAGACAACACAUCACCUUCACGCAGGCAAAAAAAGAAAGAGACCAAAGAUUGCAUGCUCCCUCCGUCUUCUCCCUGGUGGUGCCUCCCUACCUGUGACGUUCACCUGGUGGGCGAAUGUGCUGCCAUCGACGGCCAGGGUUCCCGCAGACACCGCCAGCCCCACCAACACCUGCUGCGACGCCACGGCUGUGGCUGAGGCAGUCGAGUGGACGUAUAGCAACAGGAUGGGCGAGGUGGUGUCCUCCGGCACCUCCCACCAGUCGUGUGUGGCCCGCAGCAGCAGGGUGGACGAGGUGGCCACGGGCGUGACGGUCAUGCCGAUGGUGGCAGCGUAGUGGCCCUCGGUCGAUGCACCGCUCUGAUCGACCAGACAGGCAGAUUGUGAACAGACAGGGAGGGCAGAUGGACAUAUGGAUCCACGGCGGCUCCCUGACCCGUUUGCUGCAUGAUACAGAGAGUGUGUCGUUGGAGCAGUGUUGGCACGGCAGAUACUCCAGCUGACUCAACACGACCGGGGCAGCAUCCAACGGCGCCUGAAACCUGACAUAAACCAACCAAGCAGCCACCAUCCACGGCCAUUCAGACACACAUGGCAUCCACCGACCUGAUGGCGUGUCCCGUCCACUCCAUUAUGUUGACCCCCGCGAUGGACUGGGUGUGCACCUCGCCAUAGGCCGCAGACACACGCACGUCCAUCAUGGCGUCAUCGUCAACUGACGUGCCACUGGCGGCGGCCAAGACGUCGAUGCCGUGGAUGGGCGACGCGGCGCCUCCAUGCACCUCUUGAUGAGGCCGAGAUAUGACACAUGCCUUAUCAGAUACACACGCGAAGAGCACAGACAGACAGGCAGCCAACACACCCGUCCGCACACAGACGAAUGGGUGACGUGUUUGGCUGUCUUUUCUCUCACCGAUUGGGCGAGGGCUCCAUGAGUCGACAGUAUCCACACACACACGAGCACCGUCACAAUUGUCGCUCGAAGAUUCAUCGUCCCUCUAAAUCGACACUCGCCCGCUGCAUCAGUGGCUCACGCAGAUCCAUCCAUGUCCUCGCCGCCUCUACCACAUGCCUCCCUGGUGUUGGGCGCCGCUGAUCAGAUCUAUCAUCGUAGCUCUCGCGCGCGAGAUCCGCUCUCGAACCAGCACCACCUGGCCAGCAAAGGCACAGAUCUCGCUAGCAUUCAGCCCAUCGCAUUGGUUGGUUGGUAGUGUGCUGCCCCCGAUCUUCGCGAAGCUCGCACUGGGGGAAG